CAUAGGAGAAUUCACACUGGAGUGAAACCAUAUAAAUGUAAGGAGUGUGGAAAGGCCUUUACUCAAUCCUCAAGCCUCAGUAAACAUAGGAGAAUUCACACUGGAGAGAAACCGCAUAUAUGUAAUGAAUGUGGGAAGGCCUUUGUUACAGCCUCAAAACUUACUGUACAUAGGAGAAUUCACACUGGAGAGAAACCGUAUAUAUGUAAGGAAUGUGGAAAGACCUUUGCUAGAUCCUCAAAACUUACUAUACAUAGAAGAAUUCACACUGGAGAAAAACCAUAUAUAUGUAAGGAAUGUGGGAAGGCCUUUAUUGAAACCUCAAGCCUUAGUGUACAUAGGAGAAUUCACACUGGAGAGAAACCGUAUAUAUGUAAGGAAUGUGGGAAGGCCUUUGCUGUAGCCUCAAGGCUUAGUGCACAUAGGAAAAUUCACACUGGAGUGAAACCAUAUAUAUGUAAGGAAUGUGGCAAGGCCUUUUCUGAUGCCUCAGUACUUAGAGUACAUAGGAGAAUUCACACUGGACAGAAGCCUUAUAUAUGCAUGGAGUGUGAAAAGACCUUUAUUACAUCCUCACAAUUGACUGUACAUAGGAGAAUUCACACUGGAGAGAAACCGUAUAUAUGUAAGGAAUGUGGGAAGGCCUUUGCUACAGCCUCAAGACUUAGUAAACAUAGGAAUAUUCACACUGGAGAAGGACCAUAUAUAUGCAGUGUUAAAAGACCUUUACUACAUACUCACAAUUGA